AUGUCGGCUUCCACUAAUGUUGUGGUGGCGGCCCAACGCCUCCAGGUCGUACGGUAUACGCAAGUUGCCAGUAUGGCCGUAUUGAUCGCCGAGUGGUGUUUCGUAAUUGGCGAGGAGGUGGAAUAUGUCUGGAAGGGCAGAUGGACAUAUCUGAAGGUCUUCUACCUCCUGAGUAGAUACACCCCGUUCUUGGACACGCCGUUUAAUCUACUGAACUACUUGACGCCACGCAUCAAGCCGGAGGCGAGUCCUCUCACCGCUACCUCGACAUUCGUGGGGAUGUCGAUCUCGGAGUACAUACUUAUCGCCCGUACCUACGCGCUCUACGGACGGUCACGAACUAUCGGGCUAUUCAUGCUCAUCACCGUCUCUAUCUGCACCGUCGCCGGGGCAAUCACGCUGUCAUUAUUCGAGGUCUCGCUAGUCUUCGGCCCGCUGCCGUCUCCCGAGAUCCCGGGAUGCAUUCUGAGCGAAGGCAGCAACAUCGCGUUUGUCAAUUUCAUUAUCCUCCUCGGCUGGGAGUUCUUCAUCGUGUGUCUGACUGCGUACAGGGGCAUCCGCGACCUGCGGAUAUCGAGGGGUCCAAUGGCUCAGACGCUUUAUCGCGAUGGGAUCUUCUUCUUUUUCAUCCUAUUAUUAUUGUCAACGGCGAAUAUCAUCGUCUUCGUAGUCGCACCGCUCGAGUAUUUGGACUUGGUAGAUACACUAACCCGCUGCCUGCACAGCAUCAUCUGCUGUCGCGUGCUGCUCAACCUCCGCGGCGCCGCCAACGACACGGGCUCCGGGGCCCCGAGCACCGGGCGGCCCGUCUCCUCGCUCCGCUUCAUGAAGGUCCUCGGCGCGAGAAGGACCCCCGCGGACUCGGAAUUUGACUCGACGGUUGGCGACGGAUCGUUGCCGCUGCAUGAGCUGGGCUCGAGCCGGCCUGCGGACCCGGAGCUGGAGAGAUAG